AUGGUCCCCAUAACCUGGUAUAACCUGCUAUACCAGUCUUGUAGUCUUCAUCUUUCCUCCAAUUCUUUUCAUGGAACCAUUCCCACUUUCGUUGGUUCUUUGACUCGGUUAAGCUUGUCUGGAUGCACAUCCCUUUCAUUACAAUCCUUGCAAGCUUCAUAUAACCAAUUUACAGGGCCACUGUCCGAUGAGAUCCAAAAAUUUUCAUCACUAAAACACUUGUACCUAUCUCAUAAUCAGCUAUAUGGAAGUAUAAGUGAGAAACUGUGGGAAUUACCAAUGCUUGAAGAGCUUGACCUUUAUUUUAAUAAUCUUACACUUCCUUCCACAUAUCACUUGUCUGGCCUUUUUAAUGUACGGUAUAUUGAUCUGAGCUCUUGCAAGCUCCAACAGCCUCGCUUCCCUAAAUGGAUUCAGACACUCAAAAAUCUUACCUUUCUUGGCAUUUCCAAUACUGGAAUUUCAGAUGUUUGAGGUUUUUUAUUGUUGUUGUUCC